AGAUUACUGUAAACAUCGGAACAUACGACAUUGGAGCAUUUUUGUAUAGGACUUGAGGAAUUAGUUUGUUCUUUGUAGUUUAGGAUGCAGUUUUCAUCCCCAGCUAUCUCUGAACUAUGACUCAUAGAUGUGCUUUGUAUUUGAACAAGUGAAGUGAUAUCUUGUACCCUGAAGUGUGAAAUAGUUUUAAAAUGGCUGAUUUGAUUCGCUCCAUGGGGGCUCCCAUAGGACCCCCUGUAAAGGACAAGUUAGGUUCACCAUCUACCGAGUCUGAAGACGGCGGAGGUGACAUCGCCGAGCUAGCAGGAGACUUAGAAAUAUAUGAAGCUAAUGGUCCUAGCACUAAUGAGAGACAAGCUGUCCUGGCCCCUCCGGAGACAGAGUGGUAUCAUGGCCGGCUGGACAGAUACACUGCUGAGGAGAGGCUGUGGAAAGCUGCCAAUCUUGGAAGUUAUCUGGUUCGAGAGAGUGACAGGAAGCCAGGGUCAUAUGUUUUGAGCUACUUGGGAAGAACUGGCAUAAACCAUUUCAGAAUAACAGCAGUUUGCGGCGACUACUACAUAGGCGGUCGUCAGUUCGACUCCCUAACUGAACUGGUGGGAUUCUACAGUCACUGCUCGGACUUGUUGAAGAGAGAGAGACUAGUGGAGCCUGUACCUCCCCCUGAACCAGUUAAUGAUAAAAAGAGAGUGGUGGCAAUACUUCCAUACACCAAGAUGCCCGACACUGACGAGUUGACGUUCCAGAAAGGCGACAUCUUCUUCGUCCAUAACGACAUGGGCGAUGGCUGGCUUUGGGUCACCGCACAUCGAACCGGCGAACAAGGAAUGAUCUUCAGGGAGUUAGUUGAGGAUCUGGACCCGUCUAUCGAUCCUAACACCGUCUUCUCCUGGUUCCAUCCCAACUGCACCAAGAGCGAAGCAGUCGACAUGCUAGUGAAAGCCGGGCCUGGAAGCUUCCUUGUGAGACCCUCGGAUAAUUCUCCAGGGGAUUAUUCCCUGUUCUUCCACAUCAACAACCAGAUACAAAGGUUCAGGAUAGAGAAGAAAGGUGUGAGGUAUCUCAUGGGCGGUAGGACGUUCGAGUGCCUGGAUGCGGUCAUCAAUAGAUACAGGAAGGAGCAAAUUGUAGAAGGACACACUUUGGGACAACCGUUAAUCGCGGAAGGUCACCAAAUCGAACCGCAGCAAAACGCGACCGGUGCCGCAGCCGAGAAAAUAUACGCAACACUACGCGAGUGCCGAGACCAGAUCGGCUUGAAGAAGAUGAAAGGCAUCAAGCACCAGGGCUACCUGAACAAGAAAUCAGACAAAGGCGCCAAGAAAUGGAAGGCUCUGUACUUUGUCUUACUGCAGGAGGGAACUGACACCCAUUUGUACUUCUACGACUCGCCGAAGAGAACUAAGCCUAAGGGCUUGAUCGAUUUGUCGUGCGCUUAUCUUUAUCAGGUGCACGAAUCGCUCUGGGAUCGCGAGUUCUGCUUCCAACUGGUAGAGCGGGCGCUGCCUUGCCUGUCCACGCAUACGUUCUUAGCCGCUAACACGGCUGGGGAGCAACGUGCGUGGCUUGAAGCGUUGCGGCCGCUGUGCGUGCCGCAGCAGGCCAGGCACCAGAACAAGGUGGCGCGCGUAGUCUGGCUUCGCGCACUGCGCGUGCGCUGUCUGACGGCGCAUCGUUUACCAGCGCGCUUGGCGCCGCGCCCGUAUCUACGCUUGGCACUUGGCGCCGCGCCCGUUGCUCGUACACGCCCACGACCUUCGCCCGAUCCUCACUGGGACGACGAGUUCGUGUUCGAUGAUGUGCCUCCAGAUGUAACUUCGUUCACCAUCACAGUCCACAAUACUGGAAAGAGAGGAAAAGAAUCAGAGGUCGCCGAGUUGACAAUAGAGUUGGCGAAUCUAGCGAAUGGAGAAGAAAUCGAGGAAUGGUAUCCGCUGGCCGGAAUGACUCCUAUUGGAGAGUGGGGAUCCUUGAGACUGCGUAUCAGAUACAUGCAAGAGCUAGUCAUGCCGCGCGAAGAAUACAAUCCACUUCGUCAAUUGCUUCUGGAGCCAGGCCUACCCGCAGUGAAGGCUUUGGCCGACCUCUGUCGCACUGAUAGGCAACCUUUGGCUACUUCAAUCCUACACGCGUUCACGGAAUGCGGCCGUGGUGCUGAGCUAGCUCGCGAGCUAGUGACCGCGGAGCUAGCUCGCGAACCAGACCCGAGAGCUAUGUUCCGAGCGGCGUCCCUCGCGACUGCGGUCGUCGACGAGUUUAUGCAUACGCAGUGCAAGCCAUUCCUUCAGGCGGCAAUCGCGGAGACAGUUCAGAAGCUGAUAGAUGCUAAACAAUCUGCAGAAUUGAACCCCACCAAGAUGGAUUCACCCGACGACGCUUGCAAUAAUGCUGAAUUUCUGCUUAUGAUACUCGAUCAGAUAACGCUGUCAAUCUUCACAUCGCCCGAAGCGUGCCCGCGGCCUGUUCGCUACCUAUGCGGCUGUCUGCAGCGCGCCGCCGUCGCCAAGUGGCCUAACGAGAGAUUCGUCAGGACACGGGUCGUUUCUGGGUUCAUAUUCCUGCGGCUGAUCUGCCCGGCGCUAGUGGAGCCGCGCGCCUGGGCGCUGGUGGCGAGCGCGCCGCCGCCGCACGCGCAGCGCUCGCUGUUGAUGGUCGCCAAGUGUCUGCAGAACUUGGCCAACCUCAUCGAGUUCGGCGCCAAGGAGCCGUACAUGGAGGUGGUGAACCCGUUCAUCCUGAAGAACAAGGAGCGCAUGGUGGUGUUCCUGGACCAGCUCAGCAGCGUGCCCGACCCCGGCAACCCGCCGCCCAACUCUAAUAACAACUUUGAUAUCGCAAAAGAACUGGCAACACUGCAUCACAUCUGCGUGUCGCAUCUCACGGAGCUUCAAGGCCUGGCCAAGAGCCAGCCCGCCAUCAGGAAGCUGGUCACCGUCACCGAGAUGCUCACCAAGCACAAACACAAGUACCUCGAGAUGAUCAGAUAGGACACAGGUGAGGAAACAAAACACUCUUAUUUGCCAGGCAUGAUGAUGACAUCC